UCGCCUCUCGCUUCCUACUGCCUGUUCUUUCGACCUCGCCCCCUAUUGUCGCUUGUGUCGUUCGCGCAGGCGCAACUUAACAAUAGCGCUCCAACCCCCGAAAGACCAUUACGGUGCUCUUUAUUCAGGAAGGGUCGCUGCGUAGAUUUUCUUGCGCGCGCGCGAUUGCGGAGCUGGGGGAAAGGGGCGUAGCCUCUGCUAUGGCAGGCCGGCGCUGCUGGUGGUUGUCAGUCCCUGGCAGCGGGUUAUGGCGAGGGCGGUGGUGAAUGAAUUCUCCGGGCGGGAGAGGGAAGAAAAAGGGCUUAGCCGCCUCCAGCUCCCCGACCCGGGCCGCCGGGGCCUCCCCUUCGCCCUCCUCCGCGGCCGGCCCGGCUCCCUCCGUCCAGCACCAGCAGCAGGCGGCGGUGGCCUCCCCUCACAAGCGCAACCUCUACUACUUCUCGUACCCGCUCUUCGCCGUCUUCGCGCUGCUUCGGUUCCUCGCCUUCCAGCUCGGGCUGCUCUUCGCUUGGCUGUGCGAGCGCCUCUCUCGUGGCAGAGCGCUCAUGGCAGCCGCCAAAGGCACCAGCAGGGCCGGGGCUGCCGGGGAUGCUCCCGAGCAAGUGCGAGCCUGUCACAAGCGCGCCUUCGAGUGCAUCUCCACGGCGCUGCGCAUCGAUGAAGACGAGGCGGCAGGACAAAAGGAACAAGCUGUGGAAUGGUACCGAAAAGGGAUUGAAGAACUAGAGAAAGGCAUAGCUAUUCUAGUAACUGGUCAAGGAGAUCAUUAUGAACGAGCUCGGCGUCUCCAGAAUAAAAUGAUGACAAAUUUGGCAAUGGCCAAGGACCGUUUGCAACUGUUAGAGAAGAUGCAGGCAGUUAAGCAAAUCCCCAAGCCGCAAAUGGAAGUCUAUAGUGACAGUACUAACCUGGUAUGCCGCAAUGGACAUCUCCAGUCAGAAAGUGGAGCUGUUCCAAAAAAGAAGGAUCCAUUAACUCAUACUAGUAAUUCACUUCCUCGUUCAAAAUCUCUGGCAAAAACUGGAUCUGUAGCCCUCUCAGGGCACCAAAGGACACCUAGUUAUAGUGGUAUAUCCACUUUUUCUGUACCUAGACAAGGAACUGUUCCUGCAGUUUCAACUCAGAAGGCUACUCCCAAAAAUAAUAGAGCCAACAAACCUUCUACUCCUACAACUGCUGUGAGAAAAAAGAAAGACAUGAAGAGUUUCAGAAAUGUGGAUAGUAAUUUUGCUAAUCUUAUUCUCAAUGAAAUUGUAGACAGUGGGCCAUCUGUCAAAUUUCAUGAUAUUGCUGGGCAAGAGCUGGCUAAGCAGGCAUUGCAAGAAAUUGUUAUUCUUCCUUCACUUAGACCUGAAUUGUUUACAGGACUUAGAGCCCCUGCACGUGGAUUGUUGUUGUUUGGCCCACCAGGAAAUGGAAAGACAAUGCUGGCCAAAGCUGUGGCGGCAGAAUCAAAUUCAACUUUCUUUAACAUAAGUGCUGCAAGUCUAACAUCAAAAUAUGUUGGUGAAGGGGAGAAACUAGUGCGUGCUCUGUUUGCAGUAGCCAGAGAGCUUCAACCUUCUAUCAUUUUUAUAGAUGAAGUGGAUAGCCUAUUGUGUGAAAGAAGAGAAGGUGAACAUGAUGCUAGUAGACGUUUAAAGACAGAAUUUUUAAUAGAGUUUGAUGGUGUACAGUCUUUAGGAGAAGACCGAAUACUUGUAAUGGGAGCAACUAACAGACCGCAGGAACUUGAUGAUGCUGUUCUCAGACGAUUCACCAAGCGGGUAUAUGUAUCUUUACCAAAUGAAGAGACACGACUGCUUUUACUAAAAAAUCUCUUGAGCAAGCAAGGAAAUCCAUUAACCCAAAAAGAACUAGCACAGCUAGCCAGAAUGACAGAGGGAUACUCAGGGAGUGACUUAACAGCAUUAGCGAAAGAUGCAGCAUUGGGCCCUAUACGAGAACUAAAACCAGAGCAAGUGAAGAACAUUUCUGCUAGUGAGAUGAGGAACAUCAGAUUGUCUGACUUCACUGAGUCCUUGAAGAAAAUAAAGCGCAGUCUCAGCCCUCAGAUCCUGGAAGCUUAUAUUCGCUGGAACAAAGACUUUGGAGACACUACGGUUUGAUACACAGCCUUGUCAAAGGGAGGGGGAAUAUUGCCAGCAAAGGACAGUUGAUGCAAACUGCUGCUGGAAUGCAGCCAGAGUUUACAAGACUUUUCAGAACUCUAAACACCUGCACUAAAAGAUGGACUCAUCUUACUGAAGAUCACAUUUUUUAACAUCUGAUUUAUGCCCAGGGCACUAUAAGACAGAGCACAAUAAGAUAUGUGGAAGAACUCUAGCAAUUAAAUUAAAGAAAUGUAAUCUGUAUAUUUUGUUGCUGUUUGAAAUAUUCCAGUAGCAUUGUCCUUUGGGAAAACUUUUUUUAAUUUGCUGAUUACAUUUAAUUUUGCUUUGCUCCUCUUCUCGUUGAGAGUGAUUCUCAUUUUCUUUUUUUAUGUAUCAAUAAAGUGCCAAAUAAAGACAUUCCUUAUGCAUCAGGAAGGCUAGUAUUGGGAAUGCCAUUAAGCUUGAAAGUCCACAGUGCAAAGUAGUUGGCCUGCUGCCCUGUUCCAGUGAAACUUUACAGUCAGUAGAACAGUUCAGAAAGAAAUCUUUCACAAAACAACAGUGACCAGUACAACCAACCGAAACACCAAGGCUUCAGCUUACCAAUCUUUGUCAUUUAUUUCCUGCAGUAUUUCUCUAAUGCAUUUAUAAAGUUUCUAUGGUAGGAUAAUUGUUCUUAUAUUGUAGACCAAGAAAUAAGAGUAAGUGGUAUUAGCUGUCAGAUGAACUACAGUGUUUCUUUUUGGUGUUAGUUUUGUAUUUACACUGACUAAAUGCCAGGGAAGUUUCCACUCUGGUGAUUUUCUAAUCUAUGCAGGUGAUCAUGACUCUGGUUACUUGUUUAGUUGCAUUUGACUUUUAUAUCUUUCAUGAGCUUCAGUUUGUAGAGACACAGCUGACUUUUAAAAAGUAUAGUAAACACACUUUCUGUAAGUUUUUAUUAUAUGAAUACCAUGUAAAUGUUAACAUUAAAGGGGCAGGCAUACUUGUCCUUGAAUGGUAUGUGGUUGAAGUUUCAUAUACAAAAUGGAUAACUUCUUAUCAAUUACUGUGAUGAAAAUGCCAUCAAAUGAAUAAAAGAUUUUCUUUUUUAUACGUUAGCAGUUGUGGAGAAGAUAGAAAAAGAAAAAUGUGGAAAAAUCUGUUAAGAGAUGAAUUGCAUGCACUCUUCAAUGUCAUUUUUAAAUUUUUACUUUCUAAUUUCAAGUAUCUAAACGACCUUAUUAUCUGGAAAUAGGGCAGCCACAAUUCUUUUGAGAAUAUGUUGAUCUUUGCAGUGAAGUAUGACACUGCCUAGGUUGCAAUCCUGUGGCUGGUAGAUGCCCAACUCUGUCCUUGGAAAUGUGCUCAGAUAUUGGAACUGGGACUUGGAAUUUGGAGCAUCCUUCCCUCUACCCCUUACUGCUGGUUCUUUCUAUGAAAGCUGCAGCGGCAAGGUAGCAAGAGUGACUGGGCAGAGUUCUAGUGAGUUAUGUAGGGAUAAGUCAUGCAGUGUAUCCCGGUGGUGCCUCAAGCUGUCCUCCUCACAAGUAGGAGCCCAAGAUGUAGAUGGGUGAAACUGUUUAAAUCUUUUGAGGACGGAAGUAAAGAGGUGCUUGCUCAUUGCCUCCACAGUUUUCCUAUCCUUGAUAGGAUACUCAUAGUCCUGAGUUUGGAAGGUUACAAGCAUCUCCAUUGGGUUGUGCCCUUAGUGAUUUUGAACUGAGAUGUGUUUAGGAUUUCUACAGAGCCUUUUUAUCAUUUGCUGGAUAUCUUUGAAGAGAUCAUGCCACAAGUGCAAAGCAUGCUAGAGGCACAAAUGAAAAUCUAAAUACUUAGAUUCCAAAACUUAGAGCGAUUGCUAAAACUAACAAGAUUUGUUCAGGAACUGCAACUGAAUUUAAAAUUAAUACUGGCUCUUAAUUAGGAGACAGAGAUACCUUAAUGCAGGAGUGCAAUAGAUUGGGAUCAUAAUAUCCAGAUGUUUUGGCCUAUAACUCUCUCAAGUUCUGAGAAAUGACUGUGCUGGCUAGAGAUGAUAGGUUUUGUCAAACAAAAUUUCUGGAAGGCCACCAGUCACCCAUCUGUUUUAGACAUGAAAUUUCAAGGUAAAUUAACUGUGAUUCACCUGUUUUGGAAACUUGAAAAAAGUUCCUACUGACACUGGAUUUCAUUAAUAAUCCACCUCUAAAGUUUUAUAAACUUUUCCAUUUCUGUUUGCACUGAAAUUCUAACGCAUAUGGCAUUGUUUCCACCUUGGGCUAAAAUGUGCAGUGUAAAUUAACUAUGGACUUUUGACCUUCUCUGAUACAUAACUAGCUACAGUUUUAAAUCACCUUUCCAUUUUCCUUCUGUGAAAUAAAGUUAACAUUUUCCUGUGUUUGAAGGAAGAUAUAUUGUGUAGUAUCUCCCCCAUUCCAUUACUUGUAAAGUAGACCCUUUAUGAUGGCACAAGUUAACUACUUACAUAAAGUGAAAAAUCCUAUGUAUAAGAGCUAUUCAUUAAAUUAAGAAUACUUGUCUGUUCAUCAUACUUCAAGUUUCACUGUGGACCAGCACUGGUGUGGUAAGAACAAAUUAUUUUGUGCAAAGUGGCUCUUAUAUUGAUAUUGUAUCUUAAAUGUAGGUGUUUAAGUGAAUAAGGUUUUAACCUUUGGAAAAAUUUUGCUUGUGUAAACCUGCCAGAUCAUCCUAGCCUAAAUUCCCAAAUUAGGUUUGGCUAGUUCUAGAGCACUUCCCUUUUAAAAUUUGCUUUACUUUUCUGUUAUAACUUAAUCUUGUGGUGGUGUUCUUCAAUAAGGGAAAAUUAGCAGAAAUGCUAUUUAAAAGUUCAGACAGUUCAGGUUUUUGAAUGUAUGGCAAUCAUGGUUACUGAUAUAAAGCAGGGGCAGAAUUCAGUGUUGUGCAAAGUGGCUUUUUCUUCACCCCAACCCAUAUUCACCAAAAAUCUGCUCCGAGAUUUAUCGAUUGGAAGGAGAGCUCCCAUUCCCAUUCUGCACACAGAAACCAUCAGUGGAAUGAGUUAACUGAUUUCUACCCAAAGGCUGAAAUUUGUCUGAAUCUUGCCUUCAUGAGACUGAAUACUCUUCAUGUUCAGGUUUGUAGCCAAGGCCUGACUAGUUUGAGAUUGUGUAGUUAUGUAAGAAAGACUUGUUGCUGCCUGAGAGUGCCCUCUGAAGGCAAUAUCCAGGAAAUAUGUGGAAUAAAGUUCAUGGUGCUUGAAGGUUGAACUACCAAUUAGAUUGAGGUAUAUUAAAUACUAAACUGGGAACCACUAAUCUAUUGCAUAAGAUGUUUUUGCAGCUUACGUUGGGAAGAUUUCAGUCACUUAAUUGAACAAAAGACAGCUCCAUAUAUCUAUGUUCAGUCUGUCCUUCUAUGCUCUGUAAUGGCUUUGGGUAUUCACUAUAUUUUGGUUGCAUCACAGGAAUUUAAAAGGAUUUAGUUGGGAUUUCAUGUAUAUUAUGAUUUGAGAAAGGAAAAAUUUUCUUUGCAGAUCAUCCAAAAGCUCACUUACAGAAAAUAUUUCCACAUUUAAAUGCAUGGUGAGGACAAGUAGUGGCUAAUAUUACUUAGUUUGAAAGAAGAUAGGAACAUUAUUAAUGCAUUUUUUUCAAACUGCAGUUAAGCAAUAUGAUUUGGUCCUUUCUUUGAUUUCAGUAAUGUUAGUAAAAGUAGUUGUAGGAUAAUAGAUAUAUGGGCCUUUCAGCCUUAUACUAUUUUAAUAAUUCUUUUGGCCAUGGUCUUCUGACAUUUUCCUGGAAGAAAGUAUAUUUGGUUCCUAUUGGGUUGAAAGACAUGCAGGUAUUAGUGUGAAACUGGUAAUAAUACUUUCUGUGGUCCAAGCUCAAGAUGGAAUUUAUUCAUUCAGUAAUGUACAUAUUGCCAUCUGUGUGUGACCGUAUGAAAGAUCAUUCAUUAGAAUACUGGACCCCUAGGCACUUAAAGGGAAACUGCAAAAAACUGAGAUCCCUAAGAAAUGUAUUUGGGUAUUUUUAGCAGAGGGAGGCAUUCAUAUUAUAGAUUACACUGAUUUACUCCCUGAAAAUACUAUUCCACAGCCGUCAGAUUUAAAAUCAAAGGGGCUGCUAAAACUAGAAGUUGCUUCACCUUGUCCAACUGUUCAGCCAACAAGAGAUCACUUUGUAUUGGUGAAAAUAUGUUUUUCUGAAUGUUAGGCAUUGCUAUUCAGUAUCAAAAUAUGAAAUUUUAUUGGGAAAACAAAACAUGUAAAAGCAUGGAAAAUGUUCUCAUAGGAAUGGAUUGACAAAUUUGAUUUUCCUCAGUAACAUGUUGUACUUUGUCUUCAUAUUUAGUUUUCUAUUACUACAUUCAGACUCAUGCCUUUCAGAUCUGUUGUCUGUUACCUUUUGUUGGUACUAUUAUGUGAUAAGAUCAUGGAAAGAUUUUUUUGACAAAUACUUUCAUAUGGUUUCUCUGAAAAGAGACUAAACUCUUAACUCGAAUGUAAGUUCUAAUUAAAUAAAAAUGCUGAAACAA